AUGUUCUCCCUUCAAUUUUCGAGCUUGAUUACGAUUACUAUGAGCAUGAUGGCUCUAAGUAACGCUGCCCCGAUGCCGCAGAUAGGGUUGUCGAACUUCAACGGAGGAAACCAAUACGGAAGUUCGCAAUACGGCACCAACGGCUUUGGGAACAACGGCUUCAACAGUGGUUACAACGGCGGCCAGGCCGAAAGCGUUGGCCAAUCGAGCUCGAACUCAUUCCAACAGUCGUCCGGUACAUCCACUCAAUCCUCAGGAGCCUCCAACGAAGUCUUUGGAUCGGGCGGAGCCUCGGGCUAUGGUGCCAAUGGCUUCGGCUCGAACGGCGCGAGUAACUAUGGAUCCGGAUACAACCGUGGCUCUUCAGCUCUCGGGGGUGGCCUCGGAGGUGGCCUCGGAGGUGGUCUCGGAGGUGGAUUGGGUGGCGGGCUCCCUGGAGGUGUUGGCAUUCCUGGUGGGAUUGGAGGAAUUGGCGGCGGUUAUGGAGGCCCUAGAGGAAUCGGAGGCUUUUAAUCUGCAUCCCCUCGACUUCCUCUUCUCUUCUUUCUCUUCUCUUUCUUCCGGCCGGUCUGUUGCUUGGAGUGGAUGAGAUACAUUUUUUUUUAUUUAACUCGACUUAUCAUAGUGUCUUGUUGUCAAUUCAAUUACUUCCUUC